AGCUAGACCACCAUGAAAAACCUAGAAGCAUUGGGACUCUUCAGCAGUGCACAUCCACGAUUAUGAUUUUAGCAGAUGUAAAACGAAUGAGUAGCAAAAAUAUAAGAAUUCAUUGACAAUAUUUUAUUGCUUGCAGUUCACGUUUUCGAAAAUAUUCUUACUGGGCGUAAUAGUCCUUCUACUGCUCCCAAUAUCAUUAUGAAUUGAUAUCGUAUGGAGAAGCAUUACAAAUUAGAGAGCACUGAAUUGUUGGGGAUGAAUUUUUAUCUAGCGUUUUGAAAGAUGAAAUUGUGCUGCUCCUAAUGAUUAUUAUACCAUAAAAUUUUUUUCAACUUAAAGCCGUAUAGAUAGGUCCCCAUACUUAGUGUUUAAGUUACGUUAUUAUCAGUCGCCUUUGUUGUAGUCUCCCUUAAAAACCAUUACAUUUAAGUAAUACUGAUUCAUAUCAAAACAGUUGCCAAGUACCAUGAACUAAUUAUGAUGUGAUGGAUAUGUGUAGUUGUGCGCAGUUUUUAGAUAAUGACCUGUAAAAGUAAUUCUUAACUACUUGUAUACAGGCUAAAUCAACUUUACAUUAAUGUAGAACUUUGGAAUGAUUUUGAACGAUUUCUCAUUUUUCAGUCAAUGAUUGCAUACAAUACACCUAUUUUUUUGUUUAUUUCUCUAGGUUAAUGGAUAUAUUUUCAUGCUAUAAAAAAGAUGACUUACCUUUUGUUCGUAUUUCUGCUCCUAUGGUUCGAUAUACAAAAUUACCAUUCCGUUUACUUAUUCGACAACAUAACGUUGAUUUAGUUCAUACACCAAUGAUACUGGCUAAUUCAUUUAUUCAAUCAGAGAAAGCAAGAAAUAUUGAGUUUACAACUUGUCCAAAUGACCGACCGUUAAUUGUACAACUUGCGUCAAAUGAUCCAUGUGAAUUUGCGAUAGCAACGGAAAUGCUUGCACCAUAUUGUGAUGGAAUUGAUUUAAAUUGUGGUUGUCCGCAACCUUGGGCAAUAGGUAGUGGAUUAGGUUCAGCCCUAUUAAAAGAACCUGAAAAAAUUGCCAAUAUUGUACAUGCCGCUCGAAAUACAAUUCCUCGAUGGCGUAAUUCGCACAUGGAAAGUUGUAAAAUGUCGGACGAUAUAGAAGAUUUAGACAAAAAUAACAAAUUAGAAAAUAAAUUUAAGUCUAUAACACGAUCUCACGGUCCAUUCUCAAUUUCUGCUAAAAUUCGUAUACCAACGACAAGUAAUAGAUCUGUUGGAGAGGGUCCUUCAUGCGAUCCAAUCAAACUAACUGUUGAACUUGUCCGACGUCUAGCUGUAAUGGGUGUUGACUGGGUUACAUUACAUGCCAGAACACCUCAACAACGUAGCAGGGACUGUGCUUCAUGGAAUGUGGUUCAAGAAUUGGUCGACUGUAAAAUUAAACAUUGUUACCUUGGUACCGAUAUUCCAAUAAUACUGAAUGGUGAUGUCCGUGGACUAAACGAUGCAUAUGGUGCUCAGGAAACGACCGGUUGUCAUGGUGUUAUGGUCGGCAGAGCCUUAUUGAAAUUCCCACAUCUUUUUACUCCAAAUUAUAUCGAAGUUGAAAACUCACUUCGCUAUUUAUUUGAAGAUUGGUUACUUUUGUCUACACAAUAUACAGGAGGCACGAGUUUUGUAACUGUUCAUCAACAAGCAUAUUGGAUGAUGGAACCAUUUCUGGACAAAACAAAUAGACUAAUUUUGCAUAGUAUUGGAAGUUUCCAAGGUUUGAUCGACUGGUUUUUUAAAUAUUUGAAGACAGAAGACAGCUGA